ACAACGUGGCCCUUGAAGCGCUACGGCCGCUUCCUACCCCCGACGGACAGCGACGAUGAAGGGCAAAACACCUCCUCUUGGAAGGUUUUUGAAUCAAAUGAAGAGUCAGGCCAUCUUAUCCUUACCAUUGUUGUAUCUGGCCAUUUCUUUAUUUCCCAGGGGCGAACAGUACUGGAAGGCUUUUCAUUAAUUGAUUCCCACAAGUGGUUAAAAAUAGUAAGAAGAGCAGACUGCCUGCUGCUCUGCGCACAGUCAAAGCAGAAUGAAUGCCGCAUGUUUCGUGUUCAGUUUGGUGGAGAUUCAAAAGAACAGAUGCUGGAACACUGCUGCUGUUGCGUUCAGAAACUUGCAGAGUACGUACCAGUUCACAUAACUGAUGAGCAAAGCCAGCAGCUCUACCACAGUCUCGGUCAGCUGGCUAAUGGUGAAAAUCAAGUGAAGGACACUGAACAAAAUCCAUCAGUGCUAUAUACACCAGAUGAGCCUCUACCAGAUUCCUGCACAAGCCUUGGAGAAAGAAGAUCUGUAACGCAGCUAGCACAGUCUGUGCUGAAAAAGAAGUCUGAGCUCCCCCUCGUGUAUCGGCAUGCAGCGUGGCGUGCACAAGAGCUGGGGCCCUUCAUCCGCUUGUGUCUUAUGGAUCAGAAUUUCCCAGCUUUUGUGGAAGAUGUGGAGAAGGAAUUGAAAAAACUCACAGAAGGUUGA